AUGACGCACACACAUCUCCGGAAGUACAUGUCUCGAAGGACACGUGGAGCCAGACUAUUGGGGCUCACGGCUGUCUUCGUUAUAGGAUAUCUCUGCUCCUUGGGCAUCGCCGUGUACACCUACCUAGCUGCCCCUACAUCGUGGAACGGCGAUGUCGCAGACAAAGGCGGAGGUGAGGUCGACAUACUGGCACACACAUUGGAAGCAGGGGCACAGGAAGUGAUCCGAAUCGGGAACUCUGUGAAAAAUGACUACAUUUCUCCGGAGAUAGUUGGUAGACAUCUGCUGGCCGCCAACAAAAGCGACGGGUCGUACCCGGAUGCGGUUUUUACUCUAGAGCAGCGGGAAGAUGGCGCUGUUGUGCUGCACGUAUUAGGAAUGAUCUACAUGUUCAUAGCUUUAGCUAUCGUCUGCGAUGAGUUCUUUGUGCCCUCUCUGGGCGUCAUCACGGAGAAAUUGGACAUCUCAGAAGACGUGUCCGGCGCCACAUUUAUGGCGGCUGGCGGUUCUGCUCCAGAGCUUUUCACCAGCAUAAUCGGGGUCUUCAUCGCAAAGAAUGACGUGGGAAUCGGCACUAUCGUCGGUUCUGCCGUCUUCAACAUCCUUUUCGUCAUCGGGAUGUGCGCAUUGUUUAGUAAAGAAGUUCUCAAGCUUACGUGGUGGCCAUUGUUUCGGGACGUAACAUUCUACAGUAUCUCUCUCAUGUUUCUCAUAGGCUUUUUCUCGGACGAUAUUAUCUACUGGUGGGAGGCGCUCUUACUGUUCCUGUGUUAUUUGUCCUACGUGAUUUUCAUGAAGUUUAACAGCAAGGUUGAAGUACGGUUCAAGUCGUGCUUACAACGGUGCAAGUGUGCGGGGAAUAAAGUCAACAAUAGUGAUCAACUACUGAACGAGCGGGUAACUAUUGAAACAUUCUGCUUACUCCGUGUGUGCACAUGUGACUGUGUGCGUCUCUAG